AUGAGGAGAAUCUUGCAGAUCAAUGAUGAAAAUGGUACCACACACACGGAUCAAGGGGAGGUCGCCCAAGAGUUUGUCUCAUACUAUCACAACCUCUUAGGAGGUACCAGACAACGAUUGAUAGUGGAUAUUCGAUACCUUAGACCAUGGGCAAGGCACUGUAUUACUGAUGAGGAAGCUAGCCACUUACUCCUACCAUUCUCGCUAGAUGAUGUGAAGCAAGCAGUGUUUGAUAUCGCUGAAGACAAGGCGCCGGGACCUGAUGGUUACUCGUUAGGGUUUUUCAAGGUGGCUUGGCCUAUGGUGGGGGAAGAAAGACUUAGUGUUUUACUAGAGAAGAUUAUUAGUCCCUGUCAGACAGCAUUUAUCCCGAGAAGAAGUAUUGGAGACAACAUUAUGCUAGCUCAGGAACUAUUCUCGGGCUAUAAUCAGAUGUGCCUACCCCCCAGAUGCGCGCUUAAAAUGGAUAUCAGGAAGGCCUAUGAUACGGUGGAGUGGGACUUCUUCUUAAUAGUUUUACAGUUGUUCGGAUUCCCACCUAAGUUCACAAGGUGGAUUGAGGAGUGUGUCUCGACUACCUCAUUCUCGAUUGGUCUAAAUGGAAUUCCUCAUGGGUUCUUUACUCGAGCGAGAGGAUUACGACAGGGAGACCCCCUAUCUCCUUAUCUGUUUGUUCUCGUCAUGGAAGCUUUACAUUUGGGAUUCCUGCAACGAAUUGAGCAGGACAUGCAAUUCACCUAUCAUUGGAAGUGUGAGAGCUCCAAGGUUUUCCAGUUUGAAUUUGCAAACGACCUACUACUUUUCUGCAGAGCUGACUUUGACUCCAUUAGAGUCUUCAAGGAGGGAUUGGACUAG